GUAGCUUAGCAACAGACAAAGUAAUUAAUUUAAAUGUAAUUCAUUAUACUGUUUGAAUUCUCUAAUAUAUUCUAUACUUCAAACACCUUUUGGAUAUAACAUACUUUCAAGCUAUACAUAGAUUUACCAAAGUUUCAAUUGAAAAUCCAGAUCAUUUACUGUGUUUAUUAUAUCAUCACAAGGACUAAUUAAACAAAUGUCUGAAGAGAAUAAUCAUCAUAAGUUAUUAAUGAAUGCAAAACUGAAAACAGAUAAACGUAUCAAAGGAAUCUAUCGUAAACAAAUGAAAGGAAAACUUCCGAAAAAUUUGAAAAACAAAGAUGAUAAAGAUAGAAAAUUCUUAAAUGAUGCCGUCAAAUCAACUUAUAGACGGUUGAAAUUGAUGAAGAAACAUUUUAUUGAUUGUUUAACAAAAGAAAUGGAAUAUAUAAUAGCAAAUCAACCGAAUGCAAUGGAAUCAUUAAGAGUUAAAGCUAUUUUUAUGAUUGGUUUACAAAAUAAAAUGAUACAAAAAAUAAGAAAAUCAAUUAAUCAAAACUUGAAAAUUGAAAAGAUUUUAACAAAAGAUUAUGAUCAAGCAGUUAUACGUAGACUGUGAAAAUGAUACACUUAAAUCGGCAAUAGUAAUGGUUAUCAUUCUAUUUGAAGAUAACUUAACAUGAAUUGAAUUAUGUUAGAAAAUAAAUAAAUAACUUUGUGUUUAAAAUAUAUUAUUUUAC